GUGUUCAACUAUUGUAGUAGGCUUACUGUGCCUAGGUCUGACUAACGAAAAUGUGGACACUUGGGAAUCUUUAAACUGUUCUUUUGAGAAUCUCUUUUUUUUUAAAUUUUAAAGUUUUAUUUUGAAUUAUUGCGUAAGGAGAAAUGAUAAAACUUCUCGUCGUUCUAUAGACGUCGGCGAGUAUUAGUUGUACACUAUACAAAUGAUGAGAUCUGUGACGCAACAAUGACUACAUUUUAUGACGCAGUUGUCCAGCUGCCGGGUCACUGUUGCACCGUAUGCUAGCAAUCGCCUGUGAUUUCCCACAUUUCAACCCUGACAUCGUCUACUUCUGUCAAGAUGGAGCCACUUCCAGUAGACAAGGGCUGGGCAUGGGUCAUUUGUUUCGCUGGAUUCCUAGUGCACACUCUGCUGGGCAGUUCCGGUCAAGUCAACACAAUGAUGCUGUCGAGUUUGAUAGAGAAGUUUGACACUACCAUCACUACCAUCUCUCUCAUGUUUACAGUCGGCAUCAUGUGCUUUAGUUUUUUCUCCACUGUCUCUGCGAACGUCUUCUUGCCCAAGUUUGGAGAACGGAAGUGUGUUAUAUUUGGAGGCAUCCUGACCUCCUUGUCUUCUAUAGGUCAGGGCUUGUCCACACAUGUGGCUGGCAUUAUCGUACUGGAAGGCCUCAGAGGCACUGGUCACGGGAUUCUGUUUGUGCCGGCCAUGUGUCUGAUCAGACAAUACUUCAAGAGGCUACGCUCCACUGCAAGCGUCAUCGUCUUCUGCGGGGGCUGCGUGGCCGCCAUCGUUGCCCCGUUUAUCAUCGCGGCUGUCUCCAAGGAAUAUGGCGUCACCGGAACUUACCUGCUUCUGGGAGCCGUGGAGCUACACUAUUGUGUUUCCGGUUUGCUACUUAGGCCAGUGACAUCCUACAGGAAGACGGUUGAGAAUUCCCCAGAAGUAGAGUUGAAUCAGCUUCCUACAAUACAAGUGACGCCCCCACCAUCACAGGAAAGCAGUCAGGUUCAGAGUCAGACUAUUUCCAACGGAUCCAGUUACCCUCUAAAAAACUUGCCUCUCGAUGCUGAAGUGAGGGAGACUCUCUUGGACAAAGCUUUGAUUGUUGAAGAACCCAUUGUCAGACCUAGGGUGUUUAGCAGAGGCAUGUCUGUGGACUCGACAGACACAUAUCUGAGUGAUAAGUACAAACAGAGGGCGACAUUCGGAAGUGUCCUGACACUGACCAGUGAGCACGGAGCUGUCUUGGAAACCGUUUUGGAUAAAGAGGACACCAAGUCACGUGAUGAUCCUGACACAGGCGUAACAAACGUGGGUGUCUUUAGGAAAUGUUACAACGAGGCGUCUCUCAACUUGUGGUCAAUGAGACUUGCAAUGGUCGCCAUCAUGCCGGGAACAGUGCACGUCUACAUAGCCAUCUACACGCCCAUGAUUCUACAUUCCCAGGGAGCGUCAUUAGAUGAACUGUCCACUUUGCUGACCUUGCUAGGAGUCCUUGACCUUGUGAGUAGGCUGGGCAUGGGUUUCCUGGCUGAUACUCACAUUGUCUCGGCCACUGUGAUGUUCAUACUCUCACAGAUGUUCUUGGGUGUUCUGUGCCAGUUUGUCGGCUUCUUUAGCAUGUUCGAGACACUCAUUGUUUACGUCAUCUUGCUGGGACUGGUCAUUGGCGCUAGGGUGUCGCUGCUCCCCCUAGUGGUCAUCGAAGUCGUCGGAGUGGACAAGAUGCCACAAGCAUUCAGCAUUAUCUCUUUGGUGGCUACUAUAACAGCAGCAGGCGUCAACCCCCUAUUUGGUGCAAUAACCGAGGCAACUGGGUCAUUCAUAGUUGCUCUUCAUAUAGUCGGUGCAUGUUUCUGUUUCGGAGCUGCCAUGUGGAUACUAGUGCCCAGGCUGGUUCAACUGGACAUCAAGAAAGGAAGAAGAGAUUAGAAUCUAUCGUUGUAAUAAUUGUUGGCAUUUUUUAACACUCAGUGAAUGGAUUAAUAUAAAUAAUAUUUUAAUACCUUAAAAGAAAUGGGAUCUCAAAGUUUCAAUUGCCUAUUCUGCCAAAUGUCCUGGCAUUUGGGGCCAUUUUUUAGUAAUGCAUUAAUUGUAUGUGUAUAAAUGAAGUCAUAUGUAAGCUUUAAGUAUUUUCUCUUUUGAAGUAACUUCUUUAAUUUAUAAGAUAAGGCAUGAAUGUUUGGGUUCUGAAUGUAAUUCUAUUUCUUUUUGUAUUUCUUCAUUUAAGAUGCUACUGGAGUUUGAAGUUUGUGUUAUUUGAGAAUAAAGGUUGACAGUACAAGGGAUAUUGGUUUAAAUGUCUUGUAUAUGAGCUCAGAUGAUGUACAAUACACCUCCGUAAAAGUAUAUGCCAUUUAUGUUGUUACACAAGUGGAGGGUUGAUUUAACUGUAUAGAAUUUAGCCCUUGUUAUGUAAAGGGAGAGUGAUCCUUAAGGGAUUACGGGCACGACAUGGCCUAAAUUGUGCCGAUGUGCCUAAACUCAAAACUCAAACUCAGUAGAGGGUUGAGAAUAACGUUUUCACUGAAAAACAAAAAAAGCAAAUUUUUCUUUUGGAAAUAAAUUUUUUACAGUAAAUUACUAAUGUAGAUAUAAGUUAUCUCCCUUUCAUGAAUCCUCUCCCUUGAUUUUAAGCCCUCAAAAAAAUAUUGAAAUGGGGAAAUCAUUAUUAAUAAUAUCCAGAUCUAGUACAGGCAAUAUUUUAAAUUUCUAAAGCUUUUGCAACCCAUAGAACAUCUUGGAAUCUAACUCACCACAAUGACACAGCCUUUCAGUGUCACGCAUUUUCAGGCAAAGAAAUAUAGGAUAACUUGACGUCUGCUACUACAAUUCGCUAAGCAAGUGUGUGUGUGUCUGUGUGUGUGUGUCUGCCUGUCUGUAAUUUGUUUAAAGUUGUUUUUAAAUACUUCGGUAUUUCCAUGUAUACACUCGUCUGUAUGAAUUUAUCAUGUAAUUUAUUGAAUAAAUUUUUUGAAGGUCUGAAUAAA